AUGGCGUGUAUUAGUGCGAUUUUUAUUAUCGAUUUAAAGGGGAAAGUGAUAAUAAGCAGAAAUUACCGAGGUGAAAUAAAUGCAAAUUUACUUGAAGUUUUUUAUAACUGUGUAAUAGAUCAAGAAGAUAAUUUAAUAAAGCCAAUCUUUCAUGUAAAUGGUAUAACAUAUUGUUGGGUUGCUUAUAAUAAUAUAUAUAUUUUAGCAAUAACCAAAAAAAAUAGCAAUGCAACGUUAAUAAUUACUUUUUUAUAUAAAUUAAUACAAGUAUUAAAAGAUUAUUUUAAAGUAUUAGAAGAAGAAAGUAUAAAAGAUAAUUUUGUCAUUACUUAUGAACUAUUAGAUGAAAUGAUAGAUAAUGGAUUUCCACAAUUGAGUGAAGUUAAAAUAUUAAGAGAAUACAUAAAAAACAAAGCUCAUCAAUUAACUGUUAAAAAUGUAAAAAUUCCUUCUGCUAUAACAAAUUCAGUAUCUUGGAGAAAUGAAGGAAUCAAAUAUAAAAAAAAUGAAAUAUUUUUAGAUGUUGUUGAAAGUUUAAAUAUUAUUAUUUCAUCUAAUGGCACUGUUUUACGAAGUGAAAUUAUGGGUUGUUUAAAAAUGAAAUCAUAUUUAUCUGGAAUGCCAGAAUUGAAACUUGGUUUAAAUGAUAAACUUUUAUUUAACAAAAACUUGACCAACUUUUCAACUCUUGGCAAUAACGGAAGUAAUAAUAAUUUGGGAAAUAACAAUUCAAAUUCUGGUAUUGGUUCAAGUAAUAUUAAUGCAAUAAAUAAUAAUCGAACAAAAUUAGUAGAACUAGAAGAUAUCAAAUUUCAUCAAUGUGUAAGAUUAUCAAAAUUUGAAAAUGAUCGAACAAUUUCUUUUAUACCUCCUGAUGGUAUAUUUAAUUUAAUGACAUACCGAUUAAGUACUCAUGUAAAACCAUUGUUUUGGCUAGAUAUAAAUAUAUCAAAAAAAUCUCUCACAAAAAUUGAAUAUAUCGUUAAAGCUAAAUCACAAUUUAAAAAUAAAAGUAUUGCUAAUAAUGUGGAAUUCCAUUUGCCAGUUCCAGCAGAUGUUGAUUCACCACAUUUCCAAACUUAUAUUGGUACUGUUAAAUAUUACCCUGAUAAAGAUAUAUUAUUGUGGAAAAUUAAACAAUUUCAAGGCCAAAAAGAAUAUAUUAUGAAUGCACAAUUUGGUUUACCAUCAAUUGUAUCGAAUGAAAAUAAAGAUAUAUAUUAUAAACGACCUGUAAAUGUUAAGUUUGAAAUCCCAUAUUUUACUGUUUCAGGUAUAACUGUACGGUAUUUAAAAAUUAUUGAAAAAAGUGGUUAUCAAGCUUUGCCUUGGGUUAGAUAUAUCACACAAAAUGGGGAUUAUCAAGUUAGAAUUUCAUAA